CAGUGGAGGUCAAAGUCGACAGGAGAACCCGGUAGCUCUUGCCGUCAACGCCAGCAGACGCCAUGACGCGCCCAACGCCAGCGGACGCCAUGACGCGCCCAGCAUGGAGCGUUGUGGUGUUAAACGCCCCAAGCGACGAAGCAGAGAUGUUUCUGGAGACGUUCAAGCGCUACACCGUGGCAAGAAGCAACGCUGUUCCCUGCACGAUAUGCAUGCAUGUUGAGCCGCAUCUAAUGCGAUACCGCAUUUUGGAGUGUGGAUCACCAGCAUGCACGCGUGCGUUUCCGGGUCUGACGUGUUCAUGGAGGGGUCGGACGCUCAAGUGUUUGAAGACCGAUGAGAUCUCAAUCUUCGAGUGCUCAAGUCAUGUGAGCCCGGUCCGAGACCCACGCCAAGAAUCCCUGACCGCUGCUCAGAAGGUGUACAUUCGUGAGAUGAGCGCGUUGCGAAUGAAGCCAGCCCAAAUCCGCAACUCCAUGACCAGGAAGUUCAACCUCGCGGUUAAGGAUCUACCUUCACUCGCAAAAGUCCAGAACUUCGCGAACUACUACAAGAAGAAGAAGCUGCUGAACAACGACUGCUACGACGAUGUGGUGGCCUACAUCCGUGAACACGCGUUUACUGGAGCAGAGAGCGAGACUCAAAACUUUUGUGUUUGGAGCGCGAUCUGAUGCCAAUGGC